GGAAUGUCAAAGGAAACUCUGAAGAUCCUGGUGGCUGGAAGUGUGCAAGGAAACUUCAAACAGCUCUGUUCACGUGUAAACACUGUCAACUCAAAAAGUGGACCAUUUCACCUUCUUCUCAUACCUGGUCACGUGAUAGGAGAUAACGCUGAGUCCUGGCUCAGUCUCAGAGAUGGCACUUACAAGCUGGAUGUUCCCACUUAUAUCUUAGGUGCUACAAAAGAGUCACAUACCGCUUAUUUCUCGCAUAUUGUAGACGGGGAGGUUACAGAAAAUGUGACUUAUUUAGGAAGGAGAGGUGUGUACACAACCACUAACGGAUUAUCUAUAGCUUAUAUCAGUGGUGUGUUCGGAGAUGGCAUGUCAAAUGAGCCUCACUGUUACACUGAAACAGAUCUGAACAUUCUACAGGCUCAGUCAGGCGUUAUGAAUGGUAUUGAUAUUCUCAUCACUAGUCAGUGGCCCUCUGAUGUCCUGAGGUACGUUAAAAAACCAGAUUUUAAAGUACCCGAGGGUAUUCCUGAGUUGUCACAUCUUGUCAACACCAUAAAACCUCGGUAUCACUUCGUAUCAGGCCCGUACUACGAGCGACUCCCCUACCGCAACCACAAGAUCCUGCACGAGAAAGCAACCUAUUGUACUCGUUUCCUUUCCUUAGACUGUGCAGGAAAUAAAACUAAGAGUAAGUGGUUGUAUGCUUUAAAUUACGUUCCCAUGAAACACCUUACUGAUGCGGAACUGAGAAAACAACCUGCAGAAACCACAGAAAACCCUUACAUUGAGGUUGAAAAAGAGCAAAACAAAGUAGAGGAUUUGAAGCAGCAGCACUUUUACAGCACGGGUGACAAGCGCAAGAUGACUGCUGCACCCGGUGGUGCUGACAGCAAGGAGAAGAAGAAAGAGAGUUGCUGGUUCUGUUUGAAAUCACCAAAUGUUGAGAAACAUUUAGUCAUAUCUGUUGGUGCUUCGAUGUAUUUAGCGCUUGCAAAAGGCGCAUUAAGCAACGACCACGUAAUGAUUGUCCCGACCAACCACAUUAAAUGUCAGCAAUUCUUGGAACCAAACCAGCAAGAAGACGUAGAAAAGUUCAAACGAGCUUUAAGAACCCUGAACAGAACAAACAAGAAAUCAACGACAGUGUUCUUUGAGCGCAGUCUGUCCACGUCACACAUGCAGAUACAGGCUGUACCAGUUGCUCGAUACUCUGUUAACGACAUUAAGGACGUGUUCUAUACCUUCGCUGAUAAGUAUAACCUAGAGGUACAGGAAAUACCGGUUGGUGAGGAUUGGAAGGAAAUGGUACCUCCUGGAAGUGAUUACUUCAUUGCUGAGUUCGAAAACCAGGAUAAACUGGUGUUUUUGUGUUCUCAGAAAGUCAGGUUCCCUCUUCAGUUCGGCAGGGAAGUGUUGGUCGAGGAACUGCUCAACAUGCCCAGGAGAGUUAGCUGGAAGGAAUGUAAAAUAUCUAAGGAGCAAGAGGAACAUGAUGUUAAGCAGUACAGAAAAUCUUUUACCGAGUUUGAUCCUUUCAAAGUUGAUGAUUCAGAUAGUGAUUCAGAUUGAUAAAUUGGUAACAAAUCUUGAUUUCUUAUAUUAUUAUAAUUUUCAUUUUGUGAUAUAAUGCAUAAUGCAUUAUAGCAUAUUG